AUGAGUUACAAUUUCUCUUCUCUUGUGAUAGUGUUUCUUUUAUUUGUAGUAUCUUCGUACGCAAUCCCAGCACAACAAGUGAAUGAUAUUUGUAGGCAAAGUAAAAAUCCUUCAUUUUGUGUUACUUUUCUUAACUCAAAGCCUAAUGCAAACUUGUAUACCCUUACCCAAUACACCAUUGAGGUGGUAAGUGUUAAUGUUACCAACACAAUCAAAUUAAUCAACAAGCUUAUCUCUCAAAGUGCAAAUGAUUCAGAGGCCAAAAGGCAUUACCAAUCAUGUUUAGUACAUUUUGGUUAUAAUGAGGGUGCUCUUGGUGAUGUUGAUACAGCUCAAGAAUUGUUGAAGAAGAAAGAUUAUAGAGGCGUGAAUGUGGCUGCUUCUUCUAUAUUGACAGAUGUUGAAGAUUGUAUUUCAGGAGAGUCACCAUCUGAUCCUCCUUUUCCAGACCCUUCCAUACUUCCAAAAUAUGCAUAUGUUGUUGACUUGUUUGCUGAGAUUAUUCUUAUUUUAUAUGAAUGUGAUUUUGGUGCAUUAGGAUGGGUAGAGGCAUUUAAUGGUGAAGAAGGUUCUACGAGAAGUGGUUGA